AUGAUUCUCCUUCCCCCGCGCCGAGUUCUGAUUUUUGUCGCGCUCUCAUGCACGGCCUUACUCCUGUUAUAUCAGCUACAUGACCGCGCUACAUUGCUCCUCCCACAGUCAACCCCUACGAGUGAAGGUUCACCACAGGCCACGUUCUCCCCCCCGAAGCCCACGGUACCAGCACCAAACUCUUCCUGGAACAGCCGACAAACACAUUACCCCCUUCAACGCCUGAAUCACGUUCCUACGGGCAAGCCGAAGCUGCUACCGUUGGUGCAGCAUCAAUUCACCCCUGUGCCUGUCCAGGAUGUGGAGGUGCGGCUGAGCCGCCAGCAAGAAGUCAAGCAGGCUUUCGAAAGAUGUUGGACUUCAUAUCAUGCAAGGGCUUGGAUGCGUGACGAAUUGUCACCAAUUUCUGGCGGUGGUCGUGAUACGUUCGGUGGUUGGGCGGCGUCUCUAGUAGAUGCGCUUGACACACUCUGGAUCAUGGGAUUAAAAGACGAAUUCAACGAAGCUGCUUUAGCCACUGCCAAUAUCGACUUCUCGACUUCUACCGACGAUACGAUCAACAUUUUCGAGACUACGAUCCGCUAUCUCGGAGGUUUUUUGGCUGCUUAUGAUCUGAGUGGCGAGGGACUGUUAUUGACCAAAGCGAUUGAAGUCGGGGAGAUGGUGCUAGCUGCCUUCGAUACUCCCAAUCACAUGCCAAUUACUCGGUGGGACUGGAAGAAGGCUGCUGGUGGCAUCGAAAAGCAAGUGGCGCCGGAUUUUAUGCUGGUCUCCGAACUGGGUUCAUUGUCACUAGAGUUUACCCGCCUCAGUCAGCUCACCGGCGACCAGAGAUGGUACGAUGCUAUCGACAGAAUUACCACGCUUUUCGAUCAGCAGCAAGCCAAGACAAAGAUUCCGGGUCUCUGGCCUGUCGUUAUUAAUCCGCGAAACCAGGAUAUGACUGUUGAUGGGUCCUUUACUCUGGGCGGCAUGUCCGACUCGUUGUACGAGUACUUUGCUAAAGAAUACGCUCUUCUUGGAGGUCUUGCACCUACGUACAAGAAGCUAUACGAACAGUCAACAGCUGCCUCGAUCGAAUACCUAUUAUUCCGGCCAUCAACUCCGACAGGCGCAGAUAUUCUAUUCGGCGGAGACGCCAGAGCAGAUGAUACCGGCAUUGUACAAGAGCCAAGAACCCAGCAUCUAACGUGCUUUGCUGGCGGCAUGUUUGCUCUAGGUGGCCGCCUCUUCUCCAUUCCCGAGCAUGUCGAGAUCGGUAGACAGCUCACGGAUGGAUGUAUAUGGGCUUACGAAAACAUGCCUACGGGCGUCAUGCCUGAGAUCGUACAUCUGUUACCGUGCCCUUCCAAAGCCAACUGUGCCUGGGAUCAAGCGAGAUAUGACGCUGCUGUCCUCGAGCGUGCUGGCUCUGUCUCAGCAAACAGUAACAUUGAUGAUAUCAUCGUUCAAAAGCGCCUUCCUCCCUGUUUUGUCGACAUUGAUGAUCGUCGCUAUAUACUCCGGCCUGAAGCGAUUGAAAGCGUUUUCAUUUUGCAUCGCAUCACAGGCGACCCGCUGUACCAGGAGAAGGCGUGGCAAAUGUUCCAGUCGAUUCGGAAUAUUACUACGACUGAAUUCGCCAAUGCUGCACUCUCUGAUAUUACUCUCACUGGCGUUGACGGCUUGCCUCCUAAGGAUGAUCGAAUGGAGAGCUUCUGGCUGGCCGAGACACUGAAGUAUUUCUAUUUGAUCUUUAGCGAGCCGGACUUGAUCAGUCUGGACGAAUAUGUUUUCAAUACGGAGGCACAUCCCUUACGACGUCCGAGCUGA